GUCAACUCUUUCCCCUUUUCAUUACAAUCAUGAUGAACUCCCUUGUGCUUCAAUCUUUGAUUCCUUUCCUCGUGAUCACUUCCUUUUUCUCAAUCAAUCUUCCAUUCACUCUGUGUGCCGAUGAUCCUCAAUAUGCCUUCUGCAACCAGGCCAUCAACUGUGGCAACAUCCCUAACAUCUCGUACCCCUUUUGGGGAGUGAAUCGACCUAACUAUUGUGGCCAGCCCGGGUUCGAAAUCGAAUGCCAAGACAAUGUCCCAGUGAUCAACAUGAGAAAUAUCAACUUCAGAAUUCUUGAGACGAACUCUAGUAGUACAGAUCGGGCUGUUAAAGUUGCUAGGAACGAUUAUUGGAAAACUAUCUGCCCCAUUUCUUAUGUUAACACCAGCAUCGACUUUUCUCUGUUCAAUUAUGGUUCUGGGCUUCAGAACAUGUCUUUUUACUACGGAUGUAAUACUACUUCAAAUCCUACAGGGUUAAAUGUUUCCCUUGUUUGCAACAGUAGUGUCACUGUCUCCUAUCUCACACAAUCACAAACUAGUGGACUCCCGUUUAGACCAGUUUCUACUGGGGCAUGCGAAAAUGAGGUUCUGGUUCCGGUUCCGAAACGGCUGUUUUGGCUCUUGAUAACAAUCAAACGACGAUCCAAGAAGCCAUCGAUGGGGGUUUCGUACUGGGAUUGAAGA